AUGUUACCUGUUCAAUCUGUCCUGGAUUUCACUCAAGUCAAGUUGGCUACCAUACCUGCAGGUUAUUUACCAAAAUGGCUGUUGUUCAUCUCCAUAGUUUCUGUGUUGAAUUCUAUGCAAGCAUAUGUUAACAAGGAUAUAACUAAAAGAGUGUACGAAGGGAAACCUAGUGAAACUACAGCAUUGAGCGCCAGAACCUUUGGCACAUGGACAUUGGUCUCAUCUGUAAUUAGAUUGUACGGCGCUUUCCACUUGAAUGAGGAACAUAUUUAUCAGUUAACAUUCAUAUCUUAUGUUAUUGCAUUAUUGCAUUUUGGCAGUGAAUGGUUAAUUUUCCGCACCUGCAAGCUAGGUAAGGGUUUGACAGGUCCACUGGUUGUUUCCUCUCUGUCCCUCUUCUGGAUGUACACUCAAAAAGAGUACUAUACCGGUCUUGCCUGGUAA